AUGUAGUAAUAAAUAAUAUUAGGUUCUAUAGUGUGCUGUGCUUCAUUUCUCUUGAUUAUAUUAAUUAUUGGAUGGGACGUUGUGGAAGUCACCAAUUGGGGAUUAAAGUGUAAUUCCCUCAGCAAAUAAUGCGACAAACAAAUAUAUGCUCCAGGGAGAUAUUUGGUGGGGCCCUUCAAUUCCUUCUUUAACUUUCCUGGCAGCAGAUAAACUAUCGAAUUUUCAGAUGACAAACGAGCUCAAAGUCAACCUCUUAAAACAAGAACUGCUGAAGGCCUGACCCUUAGUUUACAUGUCUCAUUUCAAUACCAACUUAUUAAAAAUGAAAUUGCAUCACUAUAUGCCUUGAAUGGACUCAACUACGAAGCUACCUUUAUUAGAAUGGCAAGAGACACCAUCCUCUAAGCGGCAGGCAAAUUUGAAGCUCCCAAAUAUUGGACCAACAGGAGAAACAUAACACAUGUUAUGCAAAAUCAAUUGUAGGAUGAAUUGAAAAAGGCUCAUGCUAAUUGUGUAUCAUUACAAAUAUUGGAUAUUGACUUGCCUGAUUAAUAUGAAAAUUCAAUCGUACAAACUUAGAUUGAAGUGCAAAAGAAGACCAUGAAAUAAUUUGAAUAGAGAGCAUAGAUGAUUUUAAAUGAUAUCCUUGUGAUGAGGGCUGAAAACGACUAAGAAAUCUUUGCCAUUCAUGCCCAAGCACAGGCAGAUGCAUUUACUAUUACAUAAUCAGCAUAGGCAAAAGCAAAUAAAUUAUUAUUGGAAGCUGAAUCCAAAGGUUAUGAAAUGAUUUAAAAGAACCUCGACCUUAGUUAAGAAGAAUUUAAUCAAUAUUUAUUUUGGAAUUCUGUAUUAAAAUAAAAAAAAGCUAAAUUAGUAUUCAAUCCUAACACUGUAUUAACUUAUAAUAUGAAUCAUAAUUGA